AUGCCCGGAAGAAACGUGAUAGCUCAUUUCCUGCGUCGCACCAGAAACCUCUUUGGUUACAUUCCGCGGAUCAAGAAGGGAUGGCAAUUGGCAGAUAAGACAUGUCACGAUCGUGUCGGUACUGGCAUGCCAAGAUCCUCGCAUUGCUUAUCUCGUGGAUCGGCUAGGACCGACUUAGUGCGAGAAUCUGGGGUUCGCGAGGUCCUCGUGAACUGGUCGGCUUACCAUUUGGGAGAAUGGGGGACUGUUCGUGAUGAGGCUGUGUGCAGUUUUGUACCACCAAUCAGAUUGGUGUGA